GCUGCACGGAAAAAUGGAGCUGGCGGGAAAUCACCACGAGGCAGGGGACCAAAGAUACAUCUGGCGGCAACAGGAGCAAGAAGGAAACCCCCUGGUGCCCGAAAGUACCUAUGCCGAGGCGCACUAGCCCACUCACCCAUCACCCUGGAGCUCCCAGACACCGGCUGAAGGUGCGAGUUGCCGCAGUGAGAUCCCCCUGUAAUCGACCACACGGGAAAGGGAUAUUGCGACCGAGCAGACGGCACCUGAGGGGGCGCCCCACGAGCCACGAACCAAGCACCGCUCUGAUCCAGCCCAUGCCUGCCAGACAGCAACAGCGGGACCACACCGGGACACAGACUCUCAUUGAAGUAUCAGGGGACAACCCGUGGGGACAGAGACGCCCACCCUACCAAGCCCUUACAUGCUGGGGAAGUCGGCAGCAUCACCCCUGGGCAUGGGACUAUGCUCACAUCCGGGACGGCAUAGGUUAA